AAGUAGCUGCAUUCACGUUUCUUAGCACAUACGUGAUUCAACAAAAUGUACAACUUCGCGGCAGUAACUCUAUUAGUUUCAAUUGGGGCGCUCGAAGUAGCAGGUUAUACAAUGGAACCAUUAAUCGUAACACAAUUUAUAGUGGACUUGGUUCAAACAAAAGAAACAGUUAUAUUUGCUUGCUCAAAGGAAGAUCUAGUGUUCAAUUCCCUCAAUUUGAUGAAGCACAACCAGUUUGUAAAUCCGAUUCAUAUAAACAGCUCGUACUCUUUGAUGUCUGUAUUAACAAGGGAGAAUUAUGCACGAGCUGCUGUGAUUGUGAAUACCGAAUGCGAAGGUUCCCCUAGACUCCUUCGAGAAGCUUCUGUGGGUAGAUACUUCAACAAGACUUAUCAGUGGCUGCUUUGGGGUAUAGGGCAAAAUAUUGAUGAUUUGUUACCCCUCGAGCUAGAUUAUGUGGGUCCAAAUGCUCAACUGACUUACGUCAAUAGAACUGUCGAUGGCUACUGUCUUUGGGACAUUCACUCCAAAGGCCGACAAUUGAAAUCAUCUUUGGAGGUGCAUUUAAUCGCUAUGCUUGGAAACAACCAAAACAAACUGCUUACAUUUCAAAAUAUUUUCGAGCUGCAAAGCAUCAAGUACCGUAGUCAAUUUAAUGGCCUGGUUUUAAGAGGAGCUAGUGUUAUUGAUCAGGAGGACAUCGUGACGAAUGAACAAAUUGAAGCUAUACUAUCACGGCACACAAAAGAUGCCGGUGUUGCAGCUUUUAUAAAGUAUCACUACGAAUUGUUAAGUCUGCUCAGGGACCGUUUUAACUUUACUGUAAAUUUUCGAAACUCAAGAGGUUGGGCUGGCAGAUUGGGCAACACGACCUUUCGAUUGGGGUUACUUGGAAUCAUUAUGAGAAAUGAAGCAGACAUUGCAGCAUCAGGGGCAUUCAAUCGGAUUAAUCGAUUUGCAGAGUUUGAUACUAUUCAUCAGAGUUGGAAAUUCGAAACAGCUUUUCUUUUUCGAUUUACGCCUGACUUGGAUACUCAUGGUAAAAGUGGAAAUUUUCUAGCACCUUUCAGUGGACAAGUGUGGUUCUUCACCUUGGCCACAUUGCUGGUAAUUAACAUAAUCUGGUUUCUUCUUGAGUACAUCAAUAAAAGAUGGCAAGGUGGACGUAGGAAGCCUAGCUUAUGCCGAAGUAGUUGGACGGAACGUUCACUGCAUACGUUUGGAGCAGUCUGUCAGCAGGGAAUGGAGCCAAUUCCAUCGGAUGUGCCCUCCCGUUCUGUUGUUGUAACUAUAUUUUUAUUCUCAGUAGUAAUGUACAAUUAUUACACCUCAUCUGUUGUUGGAGGGCUUCUAAGUUCUUCAGAUCAAGGACCUGCUACUGUCGACGAAAUUAUAUCUAGUCCACUGAAAAUCUCUUUUGAAGAUAUUGGAUACUAUAAAGUCUUAUUUAGAGAAAGUAGCAGUCCCGUUGUGACACGCCUUAUAAAACGAAAACUAUCUUCAUCCAGAGGACCAAGUGAGAUGGGCGUUUACGGUCACAUAGAAGACGCAAUUCCCUAUCUUAAAAGCGGUGGAUUCGCAUUUCACUGCGAAGUUGUUGAUGCUUAUCCGAUUAUCGCCGAAUUAUUUGAUGCCAAUGAAAUUUGCGACCUGCGUGAGGUGUCAGGCCUAAUGGAAGUGGAGAUUAUGAAUUGGAUUGUGCAUAAGAACAGUCAAUAUACCGAAUUGUUUAGAACAGCUAUGUGCAAUGCUCGGGAAGCUGGAUUAAUUGAGAGGAUCCUUCGACAACGUCAAAUGAAGAAGCCAACCUGUCAGUCUCUCUAUACCGUCUACCCAGUAUCUAUAUCGGGAGUUACCUCGGCAUUUUUCACACUGCUAAGUGGCAUUUUACUAGCUUUAUUAGCGUUGGGAGUCGAGAUUCUGUGGUUCAAAUGGAGAAAGUUAUAAAAUAUUAUCUUUUUUGUACCAUGUUUGUUGUAAGGAAUGAAUGAAGGAAUACACGAUUAUCUAAUCAUUUAAAAUCCCAAAAUUAUUUCAUGAUUUUCAUGAUAAAAAGUAUUUAAAAAAAGGAAUUGAAAAAAAAAAAAUUAAUUUAGAUGUCGCCUCAUACGCAAUAAUAAUAUAUUAUAUAAAAUAUAUUUCUGAUUUAAUUACCUUUUUUCGUUUUUCAAUACACAAAUGCGGUUAAAGCAAGCUCAAAUAAUUCCAAAGCAGUUACGGAAAAACCAAAAAUAAAAAAAGCAAUUCAAAACAUACAUUUUCAAUUUAACGACUUAGCAACCACAGAUGUUUUGAGCAAUUUCGAGUAGACAUUAACGUGACCGAUAAUAUUGAAGUAGAUAAGAAGAAAGCUAACUCAGAGAAUAUUAUUGGAAAAUAAAAAACUGAAGAAGGAGAGCAGCUGGGUGAUCUGAUCAGAACGGUAGAAAUGGAGGAACUGACUUUGGAUGAGGUUUAGGCAUCGACAAAUGAUUACGUGUGAAUGGAGGAAACUCAACUCAGUGAAUGCUGAUUUUCGAACUGUCUGAACAGCUUUGGCCGCAAAUGUCUUCUUCUUGCUUAUCUUCGUCUUCGUGUUCACCUUAUGCAGCACACAAAUCAGAAUCAAUGUAACAUCUGUCAAGUCCGGUAGUCAUAAGAAGUGCCGUGUUUGUAGUAAGAAGUCAAUUACUUCAAUUGAAUUAUACGCCAAAGGACACAUAGGUUAUGUAGCCUGCUUGACAGUGAUGAUGUAAUAUGACGAAUGCGAUUGCGGGUACUCAAAGUACAACUACGCAGGCAAGAAAAAAAGCGUCUAUUGUGCUGUCAUAUUAAAAAAUGCUUUUAAUCGCAAGCAAGACAACCGAAAACCUAUUCAAAAUAUUAUAAAGCUUGCAAUAAAGUCGAAAAACAUUGAUCUAUGUAUCCAUACAGCAAAAUAUCAUUUCGUACCAAUGCAGGAUUGACAAAUAAAUAAACCUUUAAUCGCGAUCGCAUGUGUUGCAAUUGACCUGUCAAUACACUUUUUUUUAAGAGCCUUAAAAUUCGGCAAUGGAAUAUUUCAACUCAUAAAUGUUCAUUUAUUAAAUUAAUGUGUAUUAUUUUAAUAGAAAUGAUCAAUUCCACAAACGUUGUUUUAAUGAGAUUAGCAAUAAUAGACAUCUAAAUUUGAAUAAAUAGUUUUUCCACAGUGGACUAACACCGACUAAUAAAUAA